AUGAGCAUGGACGACCCCGUUGAGAUGAUUCGCGUAUUGCAGCAGAAAAUGGACGAGAUGCAGCAGCGCCACGAGGACGAGAUGGCGACCGUAAAGGCCGACUGCGAAGCCCGGAUAGCCCGGGAGGUUGGACGGAUAGACGGGGGAGAGCGAGUAAAGGAUAAAGGAAAGGAGGUGGCGGGAGAGCGCCCGCCCCCAGAUACCGAGUGUGAUAGGACUUGGAGGCCCACCGGAUCUGAAGCAGAAGGAAGCAAGGCUAAAUCGGUGCAUGCGGAGAGCGUUGCCGAGGACGGGCGGAUGGUAGUCAAGUCGGAGCCGUCAUCCGCCUUAUUGCUUCCAUUCACCCAGAACAUAAUGAAUGUCCAAAUCUCGGAGCAAUUUGUGGCUUCGCAGUUCAAAAUGUAUAACGGGACAACGGAUCCUGCGUCCCAUAUCCAGACGUUCUCGAACGCAAUGGCGUUCCGAACGGGCAAUGAAGCCAUUUGGUGCCGAGCGUUCUCGCUCUCAUUGGAGGACGAAGCAUUGGAAUGGUUUAAUACCCUCCCCCCUAAUUCAAUAGAAAACUUUACCGGGUUAAAGCAGCUAUUCAUUAAACAAUUCACGGCCAGUAGUACCCAAGACUUGACCGUAUUCGAAUUAAUGACCCUCAAGCAGGGGAAGGAUGAAGCGCUGCGGACGUUUAUGGACAGGUAUCAGAAGACCGUCCGGCGCGUGAAAAGCCUGACGCCAGAGCUCGCCCUUCACUAUAUCCUGCCGGCUCUAAAGCCGGGGCCGUUUAAGGAUAGCGUCUGCAGGCGAGCGCCCAAAACAAUGGAGGAGCUGAGGGAACGAGCGGCAGAUGAGAUAAGGGUGGAGGAGAUGAAGCUCUCCUACAAAAAAGAAAAUCAAGAAGCCAGGGAACCAAGGACGGACGGUCAUACCACCGAGGAAUGUUGGACCCUCAGGGAUAAAAUAGAGGAGCUCAUCCGGGCAGGAAAGCUUAAGAAAUACGUCUGUGAUGAACGCCCGCCCCAAUCAACCGAUCGGCCUGCUCAGAGGUCGGCGUACCGAAAAGAUAAGCCGAGGAGCACGAGAGCGGAGCGACCCCGCUCAGAGAGGCGACCGAACCGAAGUCGAAGCCGCAGCCGGGAACGCCCCUUGAGAGGACAUAUCAACACUAUUUCUGGAGGAUUCGCGGGAGGAGGAUCGUCCUCCUCCGCCCGUAAACGCCAUGUUCGAGCCCUCCAGUCCGUGCAUUUAGUAGACAAGCCACGCCGCUCCAUGCCGCCCAUCACCUUUUCGGAUGAAGAUUUUCACGCCCCUGAUCCUGACCAGGACGACCCAAUGGUCAUAACGGCAGAGAUAGCGCGGUACGGAAUCAGCAAAGUUCUAGUUGACUAG